GAAUACGAUAUCACUGGGGUUGAUAGCGCCAAGCUUCACAAGUGCGAGAGUAUGCUGGAGGACGGGUCGAAAUGUGGCCGCACCUUCGCCACGGUCUCCGCGCUCAGGGCCCACCAGACGUUCAGCAAGGAGCCGAGCCAUAAGAUGCGAAGCGUCCUUACUUCCUGGUCGUAG